UUGCUUAGUAUUCAGGCACCGCGGCAGACAGCUUACCCACCGGGGUCCUGUUGCCUAAUAAACAGUAUGUCUGCCCUCUGUGAGUGGACACGCCGGUUAAAACGGGCAGUUUUCUUUCAAAGUGCAGUCAGAAGACAGCUGUCAGGUAAAUAUGACUAUGAUCUUGUGGUUAUCGGUGGAGGAUCAGGUGGCCUGGCAUGUUCAAAAGAAGCUGCUCAGUUUGGAAAGAAAGUCGCUGUGUUAGAUUAUGUGGAGUCUUCACCUAAAGGUACCAAGUGGGGUCUCGGUGGAACCUGUGUGAAUGUGGGCUGCAUUCCCAAGAAACUAAUGCACCAGGCUGCUCUUCUCGGAGGUGCUAUUAAAGAUGCCCAGAGAUAUGGCUGGACGAUACCCAGCCCAAUCACCCACGACUGGUUGACCAUGGCAUCAGCUGUUCAGGACUACAUCAGGUCCCUGAACUGGGGACACAGAGUCCAGCUGCAGGACAAAAAAGUAAAGUAUUUGAACCUUAAAGGCAGCCUGAUGGAUGGACACACUGUCAGGGCAGAGUCAAAAACUGGCAAAGAGUCUGUCCUUACUGCUGGGAAUAUUGUGAUUGCAACUGGAGGACGGCCAAAGUACCCCACACAUAUUCCUGGAUCACUGGAGUAUGGAAUUUCAAGCGAUGACAUUUUCUGGUUGAAAGAAUCACCUGGAAAAACGUUGGUUGUUGGUGCCAGCUAUGUUGCCCUUGAGUGCGCUGGUUUUAUCACAGGCAUCGGUGUGGACGCCUCUGUGAUGGUGAGAAGCAUUCCACUGCGAGGGUUCGAUCAGCAAAUUGCCUGCUUAGUGACGGAUUACAUGGAGUCUUAUGGUACCAAGUUCCACUGGAAAUGCAGUCCUUCCAAAGUGGAAAAGCUGGAGACGGGGCGCCUGCUGGUCUCCUGGACAGACCUGGACUCCGGCAAAGAGGACCAGGAUAUCUUUGAUACAGUGCUGUGGGCAGUAGGCAGGGCCCCAGAAACGAGAGCCCUCAACCUGGAAAAAGUAGGAGUGAAAACGAACAGAGAAACUGGGAAGAUUAUCGUCUCUGCUGAUGAAGCAACGUCAGUUCCUCACAUCUACGCUAUCGGAGAUAUCGCUGACGGGCGUCCUGAAUUGACCCCCACAGCUAUCCAAGCAGGCAAGCUCCUGGCUCGCCGGCUCUUCGGCAAAUCCACUGAACUGAUGGACUACGACUGUGUCCCCACCACAGUGUUCACCCCCCUGGAGUACGGCAGCGUGGGGCUGUCUGAAGAGGAGGCGGUCAGACGGCACGGAGAGGACAGCAUCGAGGUUUUUCAUGCGUUUUACAAACCGUUAGAGUUCACAGUAGCAGAAAGGGAUGCCAGUCAGUGCUACAUCAAGAUGGUCUGUUUGCGGGAGGGGGCUCAGCGAAUCCUUGGGUUCCAUUUCACUGGACCAAACGCUGGGGAAGUCAUUCAGGGAUUUGCCCUUGCGAUAAAGUGUGGUGCCACCUACACCCAGCUGAUAACAACCGUGGGCAUCCACCCAACCAGCGCUGAAGAAAUAGUCAAGUUACACAUCACCAAGCGCUCUGGCCUGGACCCCACUGUCACAGGGUGCUGAGGGUAAGCCCUGUCCCUGAACCCAAGAGCUCACAAGAGAAUGGACUGGACUGAGAACGGAGAGGUACUGAAACAGGACAGCUGCUCCAGAUAUUCUCAGCUUUUCACGACGCUGGCUCUACAUUCCUCUACAGCUCCACAGUGUCGGUGCUGUUUACAGAUGUUAGACCCAGGGUGCAAGUCAAGCAAUCUCCAAAGUGGUAUUGAAAUGCAUUUUACAGAGGCACAACAUGAGCUUACUGAGCACUCCCACAAUCAUGGUUUUCUGCUUCUGAUGAGUUCUGAAUCUGUAACGAGUGUGAUUGCAUUAUAAUAACUACAGUUUUAGAAAAGAAAAAAGAGAAUUGUGAACUAAUAUAAAUGCAAAGGUUUGAAAUAUAUAGCAUAUAAAGCUCACCACUGCACGGUUCUCAUCUAAUAUUCUGCAAGCUGCCUAAACUAAUCUGUGGGUUCGUCUAAAAAGUAUUUCAUUUCCCAACCAGAAGGUGGGAGUGUUGUCAAGUGUGUUCCCCUCCUGGUUUGCACAUAAUAGGUGCCUGUAAAGGACUUGCAGUUAGGAAACGAGAGUCCCGUUCGAUUGUUCUUUUAUUUUAAAGAGUUGUAACUGGGCAUUUCAACAGGAAGACUUAUAAAACUGUGGAGAUUCCACACUUCAUUACUGAUGAACCGCUUCUCCAGGACUGGCUUGGACUUAAUGAAAAGUGAGCAGGAGGAAGUGAACAUUAUUGCAAAUAACGAUCUGCUCCUUCUGAUGGGGUUGCCAGCAUUCUCUCAGCAAAACAAAACUAAAAAAAAACAUGCUUUUAAAAGGCUUUUUACUGCUGAUGUCCCGAACGUACUAAAAACAAAAUGAAUACAGUGUAUCUUAUUUUCAGUAAUGAUGACUGAUUGGCAAAGCUUUUUUUUCCUUCUAUGUAGAAACACCAAAGAUUGUCUACUUUUAAUGUAACAAAACAUGCUUCAAAAGAAAGAGGAGAAGAGCCCCUCUGUGGGAAGAUUUCAUUAUAUUUGUAGCACACUGUAUUGCUUUGAUCACAUCAAUCAGCACAUCAUGCCCGUUUGAGUUUGUUUUGGCAACCAGAAAAAUACUGGAUAUUUAUUCAGCGUUCAGCAGCCUGCUAAUAAUAAUAAUAGUCAAGGUCAGUUCGUUAAAAUAGAUGUUUCGGGACUGAAAAUACAUACAAAAAAUAAAUUGGAACAUAUAGAUCAAAAUAAAGUAUAUAUAUAUGAAUGAAAUGUAUUUGUACCAGAAAAGAGAAGUACCAUGUCUGUGCACUCUGCUUUACUCAAGAUAUGAUAAAUUGCAUUGUUUUAAAUUAUGUGAUUUUAAAUAAAUAAAUAAACAAACAAAACAAAUUGGUUUCUCAGGGGGCAAAACUGGCUUUGGAAAAUGUUCAAACCACGGAGGAAAUGCCUGUUUAUAUUUUUGAACUGAAAUCUAAGCUCGCUGAUUAAUGAUCCCGUCAGGAACGGUGAGAAAAGCUUUGGAGGGUUUGCUACCUACUCAAUUUGUACCUUUGGCUGGAGUCGCCAAUCUUUCCCCUUCUCUCCCAGUCCAGCGCUUCUUGUUUGCUUUAUUCAGGGAUGGCGUGAUGACAGAAUAACCCAGACCUCCCGAGCUUGUUUAUCAUGUGCUGUUUGUUGUGAAAGAGCUGUAAGACUACAGGAUGGAAACAAUGUAUCGUUUCUACACAAGCCGUCCUCCUCGUGGCAGAGAGGUAGUCCGAGCACUUUCUAAGUAAAGUCGCACACAGAUGCUUGCUGUGCUAGAUGUGUGUAGAGGAGUGAGUGGUUUGACCGUGGAUCUAGUGCUGCUCAGUAGUGUUGUACAGGUCAGGGUAAUGACAGGGGUGCUGGCCUGUGACGACUUGUGCUUCAACCCAAACUGGGCUGGACAGGUCUGAUGACAACGAGCACCCCAUCCAAAUGCAUGUAUUUCAGAUGUACUGCAUUAUAUAUUUGUUUGAUAAUUUAAAAAUUCAAUAAAAAUCUAUCUUUCACAGAAAGCAUGCU